GAAACAUUCAGCCUCAAUUUAUAGCGCUAAGUUAGUUCUCCAUUUAUAGGUCAUGGUCAACUAGAGGGAUAGUACCAGACUUCAAGAGAUCGUACUACUCAGACGACUACACAUUCAGAAUAAACCUACCUUCUUAUAAUGACCCGACUUUGGGCUUAUAAUUUGGUGACCAGUUGUCGAUCACUUCAUGUUUCUUUACCUCACAACGCCAUGUCAUAUACGAAGGAACCAAAACCACUCCCUUGGAGUGACGAUAAAAAAAAUCCACUCGGAUGGGCUAAACGUCUAUUCCGAAUGCAAGAAUCUCAACAAUCGCUCAACCAAUCGAAGGAACCUCCUUUAUUGCAUAUGGUCUGUCGGCUAAAGCCUGUGAAGGGAGUCAUUCACUACCAGAGAGCCAUCCUUGAGAAAUAUGGUCUUGGAAAGGACACAAAAAAUCACAACUGGGUAGUCGUUAAAAAUACUCCAUCAGUCAACCGAGAUUUAUACGAGAUAAAACAUCUUAUACGGAUACAGCCUGUCAUUUUCGAGAACGGGUUGCCAACUGAAUCUGAUUUACUUGCCUGUAGACUGCUUCCGGAUGGCAGAUUUUUCAGACAUCGGGGUCUUUCUGUUGAUUCUCAGCUAUUGGAUUCUUCAGAACCGAACCAAACAAACCUAUCGGUAUACAAUCCAAAUCUACCUAAUGAUUUAAAAGCUUUAUUACAUUCUAAUGAAGAAAAUUUCAGAUAUCUAAGCCGUGCAUACCUAAGGAGGUGGCACAACAAAAGAUGGGCCAAUCAUGACUUCUUCAAGGAGUUUUUCACUUCACACUACAAAUACAAACUAAAUCAAGAUGGAAAUGAAUAUCGUUAUAGUGGUCUUUCACGAUUGGACAAAGCAAUAACUCAUUCACUUGAGUCUAGAAGGAACCCCGAUGGAACUCUUAAGCAGCCAAACUGCAAUCGUUUUGAUGCUGAUUGGAAUACUUAUCCUUGGUCAAGAUAUUGAAAUUCAAACCUGUUGGUUUAGGAUUCUAUUGCCAUGAUCGUUUCGAGCUGUGUACAAAUACUUGAUAUAUUUAAGAAUAAAAUCCAGUCAACUAUCACUUUUGACUUCAAUAAUGUUACUCCAGAAUUAUUCUGCAAACUUAUAUCUUAUAUUAUUAUAGUAUCUCAAUGGCUCAACAGUAUUGUAUAUCUACCUUUAGCUAUCUUACCAUUCUGUUUCAUAGCAAGCUAAACCAACGCUACAUAUUAUUUCCAGC